GAAAAACCGAAGUUUCAUUAUGUCGACGGUAUGUGGUUAGAAACGCUAAAUGCGAAUCUUCAGUCUUGUAAUUUAUAAUAGUACAGAAACUACAAGUUUAAGGCCUUACUUAAACCGACCGUUUACUUCUACAAAGUGUAUACAUUCAUCAAGAAAUAGUGAGAUUCGAACUUAAAAUGUCAAUAAAGCGACAAGCCACUACUGAGUUAAAUCACGAUAACUGGGAUAAAGAGGACCCAGCCGACCAUGAGGAAAUGGGGAGUUUUAAAAUUGCAACCAAAGACAUUCUUGAGAAACGUGUUAUCAGGACUGCAAAAAGGCGUUCUCAACUUGGUGGAGAUGAGCCUAAGAAAAGUGUCUUCAGUGGAUUCAGUGGUUUUGCCAGCAAACCACCACCAUCAUCUUUUGACUUCUUAUCAAAGUUAACCAAUGGCAGCAAUGAUAACAGUUCUUCUAGCAAAGUGGAUUCAUCAGUCACUUCAAGCUUAUUUACAAGUAAACCAAUUGCAAGCAGUCCAAGUAGUGGUAUUUUUGGUAUUCAGUCAACAACUUCACCAGCUAAAUCUCCAUUUGGUUCACCAUCUACACAGACUGGUACAGGAGGUCUGUUUGGAGUUUCAUCUCCGAAUACUACUUCAACUCCUUCUAUGUUUAUUACAUCCAAAGCUGAUUCCACUGUCAAGGACUCUCCAUUCAAAAUUCAAACUGUUACAAGCUCAACUGAUAACAAUACUGAUUCAACUAAGUCUUCUAUGGCCCCAGUUACUUCCACUAAAUUUGACAUUCCAUCUACAAGUGCUAAUGUAGCUAAAUCCUUGUUUUCAACUACUUCUAACACCACUCCAUUUAAAAUUCAACCCAGUUUAAAUGCCCAUACAGCUACAAACAAUUUUGGCACUCCAUCAAAACCAGAAUCUAAAACAACUGAUGCAGACAAGAAAUCUGAAGACACAAAAGAUGAAAGCAAAAUGAAAUAUUACUCAAAGCUAAAAGGACUCAAUGAAUCUGUAUCAGAUUGGAUUAAGAAGCAUGUCGAGCAAACUCCUCUAUGCAUACUCACACCAAUAUUUAAGGACUAUGAAAAGUAUUUGAAGGAAAUACAAAAUGAAUAUCAAAGUCCAGAUGAGGAAAGCAUUACAAAAUCUGAUGACAAAGACACAACAUCUGAACCAAAAUCAGAAAUAAAAUUGCCAACAACUGAUACACCUAAACCUGCUAUUGGUUCAUCCAUCUUUAAUACAUCACAAAAUUCUAAAUCAUUAUUUGGUAAUCAAAGUAGUUCCACCUCAGCAGGGGAAAAGUCAGGCUCUUUUUCUUUUGGAAUUGGUUCAUCUACCAAUACUUCAAGUACUAUAACAACUAGCUCUGCUGGCUUUUCUUUUGGUGCUAUCACAUCAAGCACUGGGAGUGCUACGACAUCUUCAUCUCCCUUCUCAUUUGCAACUACCACAAGCACUGCAAGUACUAAUGGAACUGCAGCUCCAUUUUCAUUUGGAAUCGGAAAGCCAUUCAGUUUUAAUUCUAAUAUUAAACAGAAUACUGAAAAUACUGAAGAGAAGAAUGACAAUGAAGAUGAAGAUACUCCUCCUAAAGUGGAGUUCACACCUGUUGUUGAAGAAAAUAGCGUUUUUGAAAAGCGUUGCAAAGUUUUUGUGAAGAAGGAUGGAAAUUUCGUCGACAAAGGAGUUGGAACAUUGUACAUUAAAAAGAUUGAAGAAACUGGGAAACACCAGCUGCUGAUCAGGGCUAACACAAACUUGGGCACUAUUUUAGUCAACAUGAUAUUAGCAUCGGCUAUUCCCACACAACGCAUGGGUAAAAAUAAUGUUAUGUUUGUGUGCAUACCCACUCCUGACUCCAAGCCUCCACCCACACCAAUUUUAAUUCGCGUAAAGACUACAGAAGAAGCUGAUCAGUUGUUAGAAACUUUAAACAAAUAUAAAACAUGAAUGAUUGAUUUAUACUGAUGUAGUUUGUAUUGAAUAUAAUAAUAUUAUGCCUAGAAAAAUGAUGAUGUUAGCUGGACUAGAAAAGCCAAUUGAUAAUAUACUUUACAAUUAUAGCUGUACUUCUGUAAAAAAUUAUGAACUUCACUAUGAAAAAGUGUUAUUGAAAAGUAACUAACUUUCUUCAUCAUUUUUAGAACUUGAUAUUAAAAUAUCCUAUUUAUAUUUUACUGAUUUUAAAUAUGUAUGUUCCUUAGGGUGAAAAAUACAUCAAUUUCUAUAAUAUUCUUUUUGUUUUCAAUAAAAGAGCCUCAAUAAUAAAAUAUUUUCAUUAUACCGACACAAUGAUAUUAAACUAAAUGCAACAUCGCAUUAUGUCGUUACUUGUGUAUAUUUUCUUGUUAAAAUUAGGCAAAAGUAUUACUCUAUCUACUGUUCUCUAAGUGGAGACUCAACGGUAGCAGUGCUAUUACCGACUACGACAUCUUGCGAGCAUAGACACUGCUACCUGAAACUUACCAACAGUUAAGACUUUGAAAUGUUUCCUAAUUGAAAAAAAAGAGGCCGCAAAAAUAGCAGUCUAUAAUAGGUCUUACCCAAUAUAUGGGAGGAUAGAUAACAUACUGUACAGGACAUAAAAAUAGUUUCAAGAGAAAAUUAAUACAACAGUAUUUUACUUGUCAUAUUUUAUUUCUAUGCUAUUAUACAAAUUUCAAUACAAUUAGGUAAUAUUUAUGAUGGCACUGAGCAAUAUCGUAAGCUCAUGUAACCAGUUAUAAUAAAUUAUAAUUCUA